AAGAAACAAGGCGGUGGGUGGUGGUAGUGAUGGCUGUGUAUGGCUUGAGAUAAAUCUGAGAAUGUUUUGGUUAAUGGUUAACCUUUCUUUUCCCAGUGUCUAAUCAUAGUAAUCUCCCAGAAAUAGUGAAUAAAGUCCUAACCCAAGAAAUGAAGAAAAUCUUUGUUAACAAAGAUUUGGAAAGUUUUAAUGAAGAAUUUCUCAAACAUAAUGCUACCUCUAUUGAGCAUCUACUUUCAGGUGCUAAAAUGAUGUAUUUCCUAGAUGAAUCACGACAAGAGAAAGCAAUUGCUAUUGCUACUAGAUUGGAUGAAACUGUAAAAGAUAAAAAUGUUAAGACUUUAACAAAAGUUUUCGGGGCACUGGUUGAUGGCAGCUUUGGGAUCUGUAAUACCCAGUACGAAGAAUACCGGACAGCCUGUCAUAAACUGUUUCCCUUUACAUCUGCCUUUCUGCCUCCUACAAACGAGGAUGACAGUAGCACUAUAGCAGUCAACCAAACAACUAUUAACCAUGAUGUGAUGGCAAACGAAAUUUGAAUGUCAUGAAAAACUGACUUACAGCUUCAUGGCUGGACUUAGAUCAGGGUUUCUUUUCCAGGGUGCAUUUCUCAUAGGCAUGAAGUGAAAUAUUUGGGUAGUAGAAUUUAGAAUUUGAGUAUACCGUUAGUGUUUGUUCUUCUCCUGACUCCCAGCUACCAACGUUUAUGUACAUCUUCUCGGUAAUCACCAUUUGUCAUGUUUAUACUUGUACAGUUUGUCCUAUCAAAGAACUUCCAAAUUAUGAGCAUUACAGUAUGUAAGGACUGUGCUUUCACCUAAGUGUUACAGAAACAUGAUCAUUUCUUACUGAUUAAACUUAGACUUUGGACAAUUUUAGCUAAUUACGCUGAACAUAAUAUCAGGAUUCCCACUACAUUUUAUUUCAAAUUUUUAAUUUUGAUCCUUCUUGGUGGUUUUUUUUAAGCUUAUCAUUAUGAAUGUGUUGACUGUUUGCAUGUUUUAAAAAAAAUAUAGACUCCAUCAUGGGAGGUCUAGGGAUCUCUUUGAAAAAUUGUUGUUAGAAUUAUUUCUUUAUGUUGCUCAUGAUUUGCCAUUUUAAACACAUCAUCAGCAAAAGGUAUUGCUCAAAUAACAAUGCCUUUUUUUUUGUUUUCAGAGAUGAUAAUUUAACAAUUUAAUCAAGAUACUCCAGCUUUGUAAUAUAUUGAUUAAGAAUGUGUUGAUUAGUUCCCCACUCAGUCAUAGAAAUUCACUGGUCAGUUUACAUACUUCCAUGCAAGUCAUGGUCAAGAAAUAUAAUGCUUUCUUCACUAAAUUACUUUUAGGACUAUUAAGCCAUUUGUAUUAAAAGAGUGUUCUUUUGUAUUUGUUCUUCAAAGGAUGACAAUAGGCUGACUAUGAAUUAUAAUGAAAUACUUUCUUACUCUGUAUGUAUAGUGCAUUAACUGGUAAAUACAUUCAGACAUACCACAUAGCAAAAUGAAUGUUUAAAUUUUGAUUAGCUUAGCUAAUAAAAUAUGAUCCUGCUUAACAAUCUUUUUAGGGGGAACGCAAUAGCUUUUCAUUCUAUCUAUGAGAAUGGCUCUCAAACCUUAAAGUAUACUGUGGCUUAUACAGAAAAAUUGAAAUCAAUUGAUGUUUAUGUUUUUAGUUCACUUCUAUGUAAAUAUUUCAGUAAUAUUAACUAGACCCCUUGUGGCACAUAUAAAUUCACAAAGAGAGAUUUUAUUCAGAUAAGUAAACUGUUCUAAUUGAAAUGGUUUCUGCCUCAUGUAUUUAGGUUCCAAAUUUUUGGAUAAAAAACUCAUUGUAAAAUAAUGCCAACCAACAUAAAGCUAUAAUAAAUUAUU